UGAACUGGGGGGAAAAGAUGGAACAAAUCUUCCCCCGCGAGGGAACGAACAAAAGCCAGGGUUUUCAACUUUUCACUCCUGGUUCUCUCGCUCUUCUCUCUUUCACUCUCCGUUUUGGCCUUUGGGGUUCUGGCGGAAAUGGUAAACUCGUCGAAGGACGACUCGGCCACCGACGGUGACACCUCUAGCGGCGGUACUCCUCCCUCCAAUUCCAGCGUCUACUCCGAGGGCGAGAAGGUCCUCGCCUAUCACGGCCCUCGCAUCUACGAAGCCAAGGUCCAAAAAGCUGAACGUAGGAAGAAGGAAUGGAGAUACUUUGUUCACUAUCUUGGUUGGAACAAAAAUUGGGACGAGUGGGUGGGUGUGGACCGUCUGAUGAAACAUACUGAAGAGAAUGUCAUGAAGCAGCAGGCCCUUGACAAAAAACAGGGUGUAGACAAGAAUCCAAAGUCAGGACGUUCAGCUCAAACAAAGCCAAAAAGCUCUGCGGAUGCAAAACUUGAUAAAGAAGACCUGAAGAACAAUGUGUCAAAGGGGAAGAAGCGAAAGAGUGACUCAGGUGCUGAGAAGGACAAUGUAUCUCUAGAAAAGCUUGUUAGGAUACAAAUUCCAUCUACACUAAGGAAGCAACUGGUUGAUGAUUGGGAGUUUGUUACUCAGCAGGACAAGCUUGUUAAACUUCCACGUUCACCAACUGUUGAUGAUAUUUUGACAAAGUACCUUGAAUACAGGUCAAAGAAGGAUGGCAUGAUGACUGAUUCAAUAGGAGAGAUCUUGAAAGGUAUUAGAUGCUACUUUGACAAAGCAUUGUCAGUGAUGCUCUUAUACAAGAAGGAACGCAAACAAUAUCAUGAAGCAGUUGUGGAUAAUGUCUCUCCAUCAACCAUAUAUGGUGCUGAGCAUCUUUUACGGCUCUUUGUUAAGUUGCCUGAGCUUUUGGCAUAUGUGAAUAUUGAAGAGGAAACGCUGACACGCUUGCAGCAGAAAUUACUUGAUUUUCUCAAGUUUCUGCAGAAAAAUCAUAGUACUUUCUUCCUUUCUGCUUAUGAUGGCUCGAAAGUUUCUGAAGGAAAAGGCAAGGGAAAAGAUGAGUGAGCACUCUGCUUGCCUUGUCCUCUCUCACACUUAACAAUCCAUCCAGGGACAGAACAUCUAAUUGUUGUUGUAGCAGUAGCAUUUGUAAUUCAUUCUUUGUAUCUGAAAUUCUUCUUUAUCUUAAUUUGACAUUCUUCCGGGACUUUCUUGUUCCAUGAGUGCUUCCUGUUGCAGUACCCCAGUUUGACGUUUUGUAACUCUUUUCAAGUAAUUGUUGUAGUGUGAUCUGCAUAUUAAGAAACCAAA